AUGGGCGAUCUUUUCUCUGGACUGAACGAUGGACUGAUAAGUAGGGCGGAAGCGCUGGCUGCUGUAGACAUUAAACAUCAAGGAACGGGCGGACCAGGCGGUCUUCCACAACUCAAACACGACAUGAUGUACCACCACAGUAUGGGAGCACCUCCACCGGUCAGUAGGCCACAUCACCAGAUGGGACACAUGGAUGGUUUGGAAAUGUUAGAUCCUAUAUCGUCUUCGUCUAUGACUACAUUAACACCCAUGUCUGAAACUCCAACGCAUAUGCAUUCCUAUGGAAUGAAUCAUGUUAUGAAUCAUCAUCACCACGGAGGACCAUUAUCAGGUCACAGUGCUCCAGGUCAUCAUCCAGGUCAUCACGGCGGUCACCCUGGAGCACAUCACCCGGCGAUGGCAGCGGCAGCUGCAGCCGCGGCAGUCGCUGGACUCCAUCCCGAUGCCGACACAGACCCCAGAGAAUUGGAAGCCUUCGCCGAGAGGUUUAAACAGAGGAGGAUCAAGCUGGGGGUCACUCAGGCCGACGUAGGUAAAGCCUUGGCAAAUCUAAAACUUCCAGGAGUAGGAGCCCUCUCCCAGUCGACGAUCUGCAGGUUCGAAUCUCUAACUCUCUCCCACAACAACAUGAUAGCGCUCAAGCCGAUCCUCCAAGCAUGGCUGGAGGAAGCCGAGGCGCAGGCCAAAAACAAAAGACGUGAUCCGGACGCUCCUAGUGUCCUUCCGGCCGGCGAAAAAAAGCGUAAAAGGACUUCAAUCGCGGCGCCAGAAAAACGCAGUUUAGAGGCGUAUUUCGCAGUGCAACCGCGUCCGUCUGGCGAAAAAAUCGCCGCGAUCGCCGAGAAAUUAGACUUGAAAAAGAACGUCAUAAGUUUUACAAAAGAGGAUAACAACCCCGAUGCAUUACUUAUGGCUUCACCUAGAAAUUCUCACGAUUUUGACAGAAUUUGUUUGGAACCAGAAAAAACCAUUAAAGUUAUAAUGCCCUUGAAAAUAUGCUUAACCUCUAUUAGUUAUCCGCUGUCAAUUAUCAUGCAAUCUGACUCAUCUAAUAUUCCUACUUACAACAGAAAUGAUAAGCUGAAGUAUUAUAAUUAUAGGCCAAUAAGUUUAACGUUCAUGAUGGUUAAAAUUAUGAAUUCCGUUAUUCAAGAAACUUUUAUAAACUUUAUAAUUAUACAUCAGAGAAUUUCUGCUACUGGACACGGUUUUAUACCUGAUAAUCGAUAG